CCUAAAUGGGUAUGGGUGAGGGAACAAGUGUACUAUAGUGAUUGAAGUUGGCAAGAAUCAGGAUAGUGAGGUAAUCAAAAACAGGAUUGCAUUUGGAAGGUGUGGCUAAGUAGGAGGUUCAUCAUUUAAGAUAAAAGAUGCGUGCUUCCUGCCCAGGCAUCUUGAAACCUCUUCUCCUCUGAAGCUCCCCUUUCAUAUCUGAGAAGAAAAAUGUGCAAAACCCUACAUGGCACACUGCUCCUACUGGCCAUCUUUGUCCUGUUUCUGAAUUUCAGCCAUGCAACUGCAAAACGUACCAGGAGAGGUAUGGAAAUUUUUGAGAAAAACUUCAUAGACAAAAACAAACUGAAGGAUGUAUAUGAUGUCUUCAAAUAUCUUUACAACACGCACAGUGCUGACACAUAUCUCAGCAACAUAAAAAAUGAGUCAUUCACCAUGAACAUAUGGGGAUUUGGUGAAAUUGAAAUGGUUAAAACCAAAUGUAGAAAGAUUGAUUCUGACUUCUACAAAUGUUCUUUCCAGAGGGAAUUCUAUAACCUAAAGCGGACUCCUGGCGAAACAAUGUACUAUAUAUCAUUGCCUGGAAGCGUCAGAUGCAGGAAGCUCCUAUCUAAACUGGACAACUGUCCCUUCGAAGAACAAACAGAACAGCUGAAGACAUUGAUUCUACUUCUGGAACUCUAAUAUGGAAUCACCCUUCAGUAUGGAUGCCAGGAGUCACAGAGACAUGCAGUCCAGUUAUGUACACCUGAACAAUUGUCUUCCUUUUACAUUUCACAUACUUCUUUUAAAUGAACCAUUGUAAGCCUGCCAUAACUAACCUAUGCUUUGCUCAAUAAAAGUACUGCCAUUCAUCUUGA